GUCGGAAGGGCUUGAACAGGUGUGUGCGAAGAUGGCCAAAUUCAAACACACUUCAUGGGAAGUUAUGAUCAACGAGGAAAGAAAUCUUGCCGUGAAUAAGUGGCUCAGCCUGGUCAUGGUCGAGCCCUUGACCUUCGGUGUAGCUAGGAACUUCUACGCCGGCAAGGCGUCGGGGAUCUCUUCAGGAUCACUUGCAGACAGCAUUUCGGAUUGCCUUGCUGCCAAGGCCACUUCGACGAUCAAUGCCAGGGCGAAUUGCUUGUUGCGGUUUGUUUCUUGGGCAAAGGGGAACAUGCCGUUUGUUUUUCCCUUGACCGAGCAUGCUGUCUACGCAUACUUCGAGGAGAAGAAGUCCACAGCAGCGGCAACUUCGUUCAGGAGCCUUCUUUCUUCCGUUGCUUUCGCUCAGCAUGUGGUAGGCCUGGAAGGGUGUGACAAGGUUUACACUUCGGGUCGCGUCCGCGGCCUUGCGUCGAAGCUUUACAUGCAGAAGAGGAAGCUCAAGCAACGGAAUCCUCUGAGGGUCUCCGAUGUCAUUCUUCUUGAAAGGAUUUGUUGCAAGCUUGAAGACAGGUCUUUGCAGGACCGUAUCGCUGCAGGUUUCUUUCUCUUCUUGAUUUAUGCAAGAGCUAGAUACAGUGACGGGCAAAAUGUAGCAUCGCUGACUGAUUCGCCGCUCUACUUGGAGUGCAGUGUGGGCAGGUCCAAGACGAGUUUCACUUUGGAACGCAAGACCAGGUACUUGCCAAUGGCUGCCAGGAAGGUGGGCAUCAAGUGUGCAUGGGCCGAUGCGUGGCUUGAGGCUUUGGCAGAGGCGGGUCUUGCGAUCAAGCCGAACGACCCGUUGCUCCCCUGCCCUUCUUCGAAUGGUUCGUGGAAGAUGAUCCCGCUUCCGUGCGAUCAGGCUUGCUCGUGGCUCAGGAGCCUGCUGGGGAACGCUCAGAGCGAUCCCUACCUUGCAAAUGUAGGAACACAUAGCCUUAAGAGAACUUUGCUGAGCUGGGCAAGCAAGCGUGGUCUGCCCAGAGAACAGAGGGCCCUCUUGGGGUAUCAUACGUCCCGAGCCUCGGGCGCGGGAUCAGAGCUCAUCUAUGAGUCCGACGCCCAGUCGGCUCCGCUCAGGGCUUUGUCAUCUAUGAUCGACGAGGUGUCGUCCGGGGCCUUCAAGCCCGACAAACCAAGGGGGCAGCAGCUUGCUUCCGAGCUGUCGGCGAAUGCCGAUCCCGCGGGCGAUGAGAUCGAGUCGUCAGACUCUGAGGGCUCCGAAGACGAGGAGGAGAUCGACCACUCAGGGGACGAAGCUUGUGUUGCCGAGGCUUUGGACUGGCAUGGGAAGGUCGAUCUUGACAAGAUUGAUCCCUCGUGUGUUUUCUUUCGGCAUCGCCAAUCCAGGGUAGUGCACAUCACUGCCGACGAAGCCGGUGCCAACCUAGGCUGCGGUAGGACCAUUUCGGGUCAGUACAGGAAGCUGGAGGUGGGUGUGGAUUCACUCGCAAAGGUCGCUUUCAUGACGAGCUACACGCCGGGCUCUGGCGAUGACAAGGACCUCAUUGCAGCGUUCGAGUCGGCCCUCGGGUUCGAGGUAGUGAGCAAACGCCUUGUGGGCCUUUCGAUCAAGAACCGUCUUGAGCCUGCUGAUAGCCUCGUCGACUCCUUCGUGUCCCAGUAUGAACAGGACAAGCUGCAGUUUGUUCCGUGGGAGAAGCUUGUUUCCAAAGAACAAGAGGCCUCAACAGGGGCAAAGCGAGAGCCUUUCUUCUCGCUGGACAGUACGGGCAAGCUCAGGUCGGAGACGAAGGUUGAGGUCCGUGCCGAUACUAGCACGGAGCUGCUCUUGCAGCUCGCGCUUCAAAGGCGCGGCAUCGCUAUGGAAAUGGCGAACAUCCUUGACUACCAUCGUCACCACAUGUGGGUUGAGCGCCUUCUUGCGGCGCGCCUCGACGCACCUCCGUCGACGCACAUGCAGCCCACACUUGAUCAGUGUCAGCAAGCUGACAGGAAGCUUUGGCAGCUUCUCGGAGAAGCGACUCGCUCAGGCAUCCAGCUCAAAGCUGGGGGGCGUCCAUUGGACGCCAUCUUCGAGGACACAUGGCAGUCACCAGAGGUGCUUCAUCUGCUUCAGCCGAUGCCUCGGGCAGCAGGCGCUUCAGUCACGCAGCAGGUGGCACCGCCGCCGAGGCCGCACGGGCCGGGCCCGUAUGAUCGUCCGGGCAAAGGCCGAAAGGGCACAGGGAAAGGUGCCAAGGGCACCAAAGGCAGCGGGAAAGCGUCCUGGAAUGCAAUCUGUGUGGGCCAGAAUACGCUGUCGGAUUUUCACAGGGAUUCCGGCAACCAACGGGGCACUUCCGAGGCCACGAGUCCCGCAGGCGAGCAGAUCCGGGGUGGGCAACCUUCCGAGUUGCUCCCGUUGGGCUUUCCGUGUGGAUCCGCCGCUGUGACUUCGCAGUCCUCUGGCGCGCAAUCUCCGCCCGAUGCAAAGGUGUCGCCUUCGCAGCAUGAAAAGCCUUUGUUCUUAGAGAUUUGUAGCGGGUCGGCUAUGCUGUCUUAUGUCGCCAAGGAGGCAGGCUACACUGUUGUGCCAAUCGAUUGGCACCACAACAAACAAAGAUCCUGUGUGCACACUCUGCAGCUUGAUCUCCGCCUCGCCAGCACGUGGUCAUUCCUGCGGCGCAUUUGCUCCGAAUACCAUGUCGCUUGGAUCCACAUGGUAGAUCAAGCUCGUGUUGAGAGUGCCAACUCCAUCUACGACAACAUGGAGUCCUUCUGCGACUGGCUGCUUCGAUUCAUGCCUCAUAUCCCGUUCUCCGUUGAGAACCCGUUGCACAGCUACCUUUGGCAAUUCCCGAAGUGGGCCGCAAUGGUCCAACGGCACUCCUUUGUCACAUUUGACUCGUGCCGGCACGGCUCGCAACGCAAGAAGGCCACGGCCCUUCUCACUAAUUCUGACUUCCUGCACUGCCUCUCGGGACCCUGUCCCGGCUGCUCCUCGCAUCUCCCAUGGGGUAAGCAAGGUCGCACCUUUGCAACCGCUGCAGAAACAGGGUAUCCUAAGCUUCUUUGUGAACGGAUAAUCUCAUGUGUGGACAAGUCGGCCACCUUGCGGGGCAUUGCGCCGGACCGACUGACUGUUUCAAAGGUCUCUGCUGCACGCGCCGCUGGUCAGGUGCAGCCAAGAGGGCGCAAGUUCCCACCGAUCAUUUCUGAAUUUGCUUAUACCGUUUCUGUUGGCAGCGCGGCAGCCCCCACUCUCAAUUCCAAACAAUGCUUGUCAUCUGCAUGGCACGGCGUCCCUGCAGGUUCAAAGCUCCUCCGGGAGUCAGUGGAGAGGGGAGGUUCGCGACUCCCUGAGGGCAACAAGUUCUACGUGUUCGGAGUGUAUCGAUCCAUGCAGGCUUUCUUGAACGAAGCAAAGCUAGUCGUGCACCCGUUUGAUUCCGCCAGGUCGCUCCCAGAUGAACUUCUGCGAGUCUUGUUCGACACACUCACUAAGGGUCCGGUCGACACGAUGAGACAUCGCCUUCUUAAGCUGCAGCACUGGCGUGCCCUUGCCAAACAGCUUGAGCCCGAAGAAGAGAAAAUCAGGUCAGCCAUGGAUCCGUGUGUGAGGAGGGUCCUCGGCAACAAGCGUAUAGCGCUCAUGAAGAGCGUUGCCGCAGAAUUGUCGUGGCCUGACACCACUCUCUUCGAUGACCUUGCAGCCGGUUUUAAAUUAACAGGGUACUUAGGUCGCACGGGGGUCUUUGCUAGUGACGUUAAGCCUGCCACGAUGGACCUUGAUGAAUUUUGGUCGAGCGCCCCGCUUCGCAGGGAAACUCUUCUUGAAAAGGUCAAGGGCCAAAAGGACCAUGACUAUGCCGAGGAGCUCUGGAACAUGACGCUUGAAGAGUCCGAUAAGUCUGGGAAGAGCUGGCUUGACGGCCCGUUCGAUGUCGACUCUCUGGGGAGCAUGUUCCCCGACGGUUGGAACGCCUGCCGGCGUUUUGCAGUAUGGCAGGGCAAAUGGCGUGCCAUCGAUGACUUCUCGGAAGCUGCGGUGAAUGCGUGCUUCGGGUGCUUUGAACGCGUCACUCUCAAAGCCCUUGAUGAAAUCUGUUGGCUGUGCAUGCAAGUUUUCCGCGCCGCAAAGAAGUCGGGCUUUCUUGAUCUGGAACUCAGUUCGGGUGAGAGACUCAGGGGGCCUAUCCAUACUGCGUGGAAGGACCUCGACCGUGUUCGUCCUCACUGCAAGACAUACGACCUUCAUGCUGCGUACAAGCAGCUCGCAUUGCACCCUGGGGAAAGGUCGAAAUCCAUUAUCCUGCUCCGGGAGCCCGGCUCCCGCGCUGUCAAGGCCUUUGUGUGCAAUACUCUGCCCUUCGGGGCUUCGGCCUCGGUUAUGCAGUUCAACAGGGUGGCGUUAUUCUUGCAAAGGGUUCUUUGGGAUCUGAGGGUAGCUGUGACGUGCUACUACGACGACUUCCCGACGAUGACUCCCUCUUUCUUGUCGGGCGGAACGGACAAUGCUGUUCAUGCCCUCAUGGACUUGUUCGGCUUCUCCUUGUCCGAGAAGGAGAAGCCGUUCUCGUGCACUGCAGAAACUUUGGGUGUUGUGCUAGACACGUCUGAUCCUGACAUGGGGCACAUCUUCGUAUCGAACAAGCCUGAGCGGGCUGCCAUGCUCGAGGGGUCAGUAGGCCGCAUCCUUGAACAAGGCCAAGUGGACACGAGGGAACUGCCUUCCCUCCUUGGUAAACUUCGCUUUGCGGAUGCUCAGCUGCUCGGUCGCACGGGGCGCCUGGCCCUUGCUGACCUUAGGCUCUUAGGUGAUAAAGGGGGUGUCUUCCAGCUGACUGAUUCACAAUCGAAUGCCUUGGCCGUUCUGAGGGCGAGACUUCUUGCGAGCAGACCCCGCGCCAUUGCUGCGAGCCCGCCUUCGAAUCCAGUCCUCAUCUUCACAGAUGGCGCAUGCGACCCGUGUGAGGGCGGCUUCACCACAGGCGUUGGAGGUGUCAUCUUCAUUCCCAGCAAAGGGGUGGCCAGGGCUUUCGGCUGCAGGGUUCCGAGCAAGCUUGUCAAGCAAUGGGCCGAGGGCAGGAAACACAUCAUAGGGCAAGUUGAGCUUUACGCGGUCGUGCUCGCCAGGAUCUUAUGGUCGAGUUACAUCGAUGGCGAAAGGUGCUUAUUCUUCGUUGACCAUUCCGGUGUGUUGAGUGCUUGUAUCAACUCGAACUCGAUCGAUGCAUCUUGGAGGAGCCUUCUCCUCCAUCUGGAGGCUGCCGACGAAGCACGCCCGUGCUUGCCCUGGUUUCAUCGCGUCCCGAGCCAGAGUAACAUCGCAGACCCACCGUCGCGUGGCAGAUGGGACGAAUUGUCGUUCCUCGGGCCUUUCACUCGUGAUACGCCGGCAUGCUUUGUCACUGGUGAGGCGCUUGAAGCAACGUAA